GUUCCAAUUUGGCACAGCUCUGCGACACGCAUACUUUCACACACAAGCACCAAACAUGGCAUGCCGUGGUAGCGUCUUCGCCAACGCCGCUGCCAACUGGGACGAAGCCGUUGACGGUAUACGCAAGCCGAUUGCUGACUGCGGCCGCCAGCAGUCACGCAGCACAGCAGAGCAGCAGCAUGCUUGCGGAACAGCCACACAAAAAUCAUCACAAGAUAUUGUAGUAGCGACCAGAACGUCGCGCGUUCAACACACACGUUGUUCCCAAAAAAUAAUUUAAUUCAAAUUCAUUUGAAAGCAAAUUGAAACCUUGGAUUUCACUAUUUACCAGAUAAAGUGUUGAAGAAAUACUAAAAAUGCCGAAUCGGAAAAUAUUGUAUACCAUAUAUAUACGGCUAUAUGAAAAAAUUGUUCAGUAAGAAUAAACAGUGAAUACAGUAAAUAGCAAAGCCAAGGUGUUUAGCGCUGAAAAUUCGCAAGAAACGUUAAAAGGUAAAACUGAAAACGCGUGUUUUAAAACGUUGAAAAAAAAACGUAUGUUUUUCGCGUGUAAAAGCAGAAGUGUCACACUCGUAGCUCCACGAAACAACCGGUUGCUUUGACGCUACUAAAUAACGAAAACAUUGAAGUAAGCUUAUGAAAUUACAAACUGAAAGUGUCAUAAAUAAAUUGUUAAAGUGCAAACAUUUAGCACACAUUGUGCAUUUUUGGUAAGACCCAAUCAGUUAGAGUUACAUACAUGCGUACAUACAUCUAUAAGUGAGCAACAAAACUAGCAGUUUGUAUAUCUGCUUGCCACGCCGCCAUUUUCCAAUGAAAAUCAAGACAUCAACCAACAGAAAACUUCCAAGCGUAAAAGUUAGAAAAUAGAAAUUCUCAUUGGUUGAUUAAAUUAAUAACUAAAUAAAUAUUACUAAGUGCAAUAAUGCUCUAACACGCUCAAUAAUAAAGUGUAAUUGCCGCCGCUCUUGCUAAUAUUACUUAGCAAAGAAUAAGCACAAAAGUCCGCGUGCAAACAAAGAAAUCUCAUUCCAAUGUUGUCUUGUCUGGUGCCGUCGUCAUCACGUUUUGGCCAAGAGGAUAAUAUAAUAAACCAAAGUAUGCCAUCAUCACCAGCGUUCGCCGUGCAAUUUCCCUCAUUGGCAUCCAGUUUACACCAUCCACACCACCAAAACAGUUCUAAGAACAGCAGUAAUACCGAGGAGGAGAACACCUCUAUGCCGGGUCCAAUUUCACCACACACAGAUUUUAUGGUGAAAUGUCCACAAUGUCCAAAACGUCUAGGGUUUCAGUCUCUGAGCGAACACAUCGCCAGCGAACAUCCACAUGAGACACCUCAUACAGAAAAUGUUCCAUCCAGUCUUGCCUACCAACACCGCAACCACCACCUUCAGCUACACAACCACCAACAACACCUUCACCAACUCCAACAAUCCUACGCACAAGAUAGCAUCGUCGAUAUUGACGACGAUAACGAGGAUAACGACGACAACAGCAGUAACAGUAAUAGCAAUAGCAGCAAUAUAAAGUUUACAAACUCACCAAACCAAUAUAGUAAUAACAACAACGAUAGCAAUAUUAAAAACAAUAACAAUAGUAUUACAAAUAUCGAAUACGAGCGUCAUUCACCUGCAACACCGGGCGCUACCAAUCACAACACCACUAACACCGCGCUCAACAGUUCUCACUCACCUAAUACCAAGCCAAGUAAACAACAACAGCAAUCGAAGAUGAUACCAAAUGUGACGCCCACCGUCUCGCCCACACCACCGAACGAUCUCAGCGCUGCCUCGUCGCCAUUUGCCGCAGCUGCGGCCGCGGCAGCAGCAGCAGCAGCCGCUGCACAACACCAACUACCGCCUUUACCGCCACAUCUAACACAUCCACAUGGCCUGCAUCCUCAUCUGCCGGCUGCGGCGCAACUAAUGGCCGCCAUGGCUGCUAUGCAAGCUCAGCACCAGAAUGGUGCGAACAACGGCAUGCAUAAUGGCAGUAUAGGAGUCGGCGGAGUUGGCGUCGGUGUAGCAUCGGCAUUGACAUCCAACCCAUCGGCGCGCACCUCACCCACCAGUCAGUUGCUGGCCUUGGCCAACAACGGACAUCAUUCACAUACGGCGGCGCAUGCGCUGGCGGGCAGCCACAACGGCGUUGGUGGGGGUAGCGUCUAUGACAUGGACGCGGCGCGCUCAACCUCAAGUCCCGGCUCGAUUGGCGGUAGCGAAAUGGGCGCAUACCACUGCGUACAAUGCCCGGCGACAUUCCAGACGCGCGAACAGCUGGAGAAGCACGAGGUGCUGCAUUCGCCCAGUGCGCAGACGCAAACGUCAAACCAAAGCUGCAAGAUAUGCCACAAAGCCUUCGCCAAUGUGUAUCGCCUACAGCGUCACAUGAUCAGCCAUGAUGAGUCCGCACUGCUGCGUAAAUUCAAGUGCAAUCAGUGCGAUAAGGCCUUCAAAUUCAAGCAUCACCUAAAGGAGCAUGUGCGCAUCCAUUCGGGUGAGAAGCCGUUCGGUUGCGACAAUUGUGGCAAGAGAUUCUCACAUUCCGGUUCCUACUCCUCACACAUGACCUCAAAGAAAUGCAUCAGUAUGGGCAUGAAAUUGAACCCGAAUCGCGCUAUGUUAAAAGCGCUAGAAAAGAAUACGCCAGGUCAAAACGCUAAGCGCUUCAAUGCGAAUAAUGGCAGCGCUCUAAAUACAAGUGGACCCACAGAGUCAACCUUAAAUGUGGAUGCAGCGUUGCCGACUGGUUUGCCAGCACAUAUGAACUACUAUGCCAUGGAUGCAAGCGACGCGAUCGUGAAUGGCAGCACACCGCCAUUAUAUCAGCAUUUACUGCAUAAAUAUGACGAUUAUAACAUGAAUGCUAUGAAUGCCGCGCUUUUAGCCACAUUCCCGAACCCGUUUUACAGCUUGGGCCUUAAUCCACGCUUAUCCCCAUACAACAUACAACGUCUGCUGGAACUGACGGCAGUGGGACAGCAGCAGCAGCAGCAGCAUGAGCAACAACAGCAAGAGAUGCAACAACGCGAGGAAGAGAGUCUCAGUGAACGUGAAAUACAGCAGCCUCAACUAGAAGAACACACAGCGCGCAUUGAUGAAUCGAUUGAUGAGACAAACGAUGAGGAGAUACCGGAUGAGCCCAAAUUAGUGAUGGAUCUAGGCGAGAGCGAUGCUAAAGAGGGAGAAGAUGAUAAUGAAGAGGAAGUUGAGUCGGAAAAAGUCGCAUCCGAGACGGCGGAUCAUUCCAAUCUUGUUGAUGAAGAGAAGAUUGAAAAUGGAGAAAUUGAAGCGCGACAUGAUGAGACGAAUGGAUCGCCCUUUUUGGAGGGAAACCGCCAAAAUACUCCCAGGUUAGAGAGUAAUGAAGCUGCAGAAACCAUCGAGAAAGACAUAGUACCGCAAAUCAAAUUGGAGUCGAAUCGUUUCGCCACACCAGUGGAUGAGGAUCGAUCUGAACAAGUUGAGAGUGCGGAAAAUAUGCCUGUUAUCAAACAGGAAUUAAACAGCACGGCCGAAAUGGAGGAAUCUCGACCAAUGGAAACCUCCACGCCCACCAGCAAAGUACCAUAUGAGCCACAAAAUGACUCCAGUACAUGCAAUGCAUCUGAGCUACGUUGUAGCCGUUGCGACACUCAAUUCAAUCACCAAACUGAACUGGUACAACACGAAAAGGUGCUCUGCGGUUACAUCAAGCAGGAGCUGCAACAUACCUUCCAAGAGCAACACACUCAGCAACAGCAUCAAGAGCAUGAAGAGGAACCGCAGCAAGAGCAAUCUCUAGUGCGACCGCAACACAGUAUGGAUGACUCUGCCGAACAGUCUGGCAUCUCAACGACUUCCCUAUUGCAUUCCAGCGAUGUUGAAGACUACCAGGACGAGCGUGAUUCCAACUCACGCAACGAUUGCAACAGCGAAGGCAGCGAGCGCAAGGUACGCGUACGCACGGCCAUUACCGAGGAACAACAACAACAGCUAAAACAGCACUACGCAAUUAAUGCGCGUCCCAGCCGCGAAGAAUUCCGCAUGAUUGCCGCACGUUUGCAAUUGGACGCACGCGUUGUGCAAGUAUGGUUUCAAAACAAUCGUUCGCGCGAACGUAAAAUGCAAAACUAUCAGCAAACGAAUGGGAAACUACCUUUUGCUUUGCCCGUAGCCGAAGCAAGCGUCGCUUCUACCGCCGUGUUGGAGCGCACCGCAUUGUCAGCGGGUUUACGCACGGGCGAAGAACAACCGUUGGAUCUGUCGUUGAAGCGCGAUUGGCCUAUAACAGUGAAGCGCAAUGGCAUGCAACAACAACAUUCGCCGUUAUACGGUAUUGCGCCAAUGCAAAGCGUCGGCAGCAGUGAUCUCACUGAAGCUAUUAACUUGAGUCGUAAAAUGUCUGCAUCGAUGUCACCGCCCUCAUCGCUUUCGCCAUCGUCCGCCGCAUCCGUACCUCAGUCGCUCAAACAGCAGGCGGCUGUUUAUUUCGGCGCACCAUCUGGGAGUCAUCAUUUCCAACGACAGACGCCCUCUCCGAAUGAAGCGCCACCGCUAACCCAACAGCAACCAAUUGCACCGCGCAACGGUAGCAACAACAAUAAUAACAGUUUCUCAGCUUCACUGGCCGGCCACCUGCCACCAUAUAUACUGCCCGCCGGUGCGCAGCGAAGUCUGAUGCCGAUGGACGCGAUUUUCCGCAUGACACCCGGCGACUAUGCUUGCAAUCCGCUGAUCAACAGUAUUAAAUUCCCCGACUAUCGUGGUACCAGCCUCAGCCCAGGCGGUUCAGAGAAGCGGUCUUGGCGCGAUGAUGACUCGCGUAUCUCGCAUGAUGACGACUAUAUUGGUAAUGGUUUACUGCCUAAACCGAAGCGUCCCAAAGCGGAAACACACGGGCAUGCAGGUGAUCCGGAUUUGCCAUUUGUGUGCGAUCAAUGCGACAAAGCGUUCGCAAAGCAGAGCUCGCUGGCGAGACACAAGUACGAGCAUUCCGGUCAACGCCCCUACCAGUGUAUAGACUGUCCGAAAGCCUUCAAGCAUAAACAUCAUCUUACCGAACACAAACGGUUGCAUAGUGGUGAAAAGCCAUUCCAGUGCAGCAAGUGCUUCAAACGCUUCUCACAUUCCGGAUCCUAUAGUCAGCACAUGAAUCACCGUUAUUCGUACUGUAAACCAUACAGGGAAUAGGUAAACGACAACUCAGUGCAAUCAACAUCCGCCUCCACAAGAUCGACAACAACAAGAACCACAUCGAAUAACAGUAAAUCAGCGCAUAGACGCAAUUCAGCGGCCGCUUCACGCAAUAUGCUGAAUAUCGCAGAGUUUCGCAAAAAAUUUGGCAAUCAUGCUAAUGGCGCACUCUAUCACCACCACUUACAACAACAACAAACGGCAGCGGCAAUGGCGUCUGCGGCGUUUCAACAGCGCCAACAACAACAGCAGCACAAUCAGCGCCAGCAGCAACAUAAUGAAUUGCAACAACGUUUGCAAGCGCAACGUUUGCUACCACCGCCACCACCACCGCCGCCACAUAUGGUUUGGCCACCGUUGAACGGUGCUGGUAUGGGUGGUAUGCUGCCGCCGCCUGUUAAUCAGCAGUUGCAGCAACAACAGCAUCGUGCACAAGCUUCUCCUUUGCCGCCACCGCCUCUGUUGCACGGCACACACGAUAUGCCGCAUCUUAGCGUGAGCGAGUCGCCACUAUACCAUCAACAGCCUAACCAAAUUGUCGACCAAGCGCUGCUGACAACAACACGUUUCGCCGCAGCACCCAUGCAAACGAUGCCGCCCACAAAUACACAUCAGCAACGUCGGCAAUACUUCGAUUUCUUCAAUAAUAAAAUGGGUUUGCUGAAUUGAUGGUCAAUGUAGCUAAAUAGAUAUGACAGUAAAUUGUAAGCCAGUUGCCAAAUCGUUGCAAAUCGCCUAUACUGUUAGUGCAUGCUAAUUUAAUCAAUUCACAGCUGAAUAAUACGUAUACGUAUUCAGCGCUCGAUUUAAAAAGGCCAACAGCUGUAGCAAGUGAACUAAUCAACCGCACAUUUACAAAAUGUGUACACCAGUCAAAUUGAAAUUUAUAAGACGUAAAUGGAAUUCCGCACUUAAGCUCGUACUUAAGCUAUAACUAUAUUAAUAUUCGUAUUUAGCUGAAUAAGCUCCAAAGCACAUUCGAAAACCAAAUGCUCAUUACAAUGUCGUUAGUGUAGUGGUGAAAUCAGAUAUUAAGAAAAAAAGUUUUUUUUUUUAAAUUCAUUCUACGCUUUCAAUUAAAAAUUCAAAGUGGAAAAGUUAUUUUGAAUAUUUAAUUUAUUUUUGUGCAGGCACAGAAGCGCAUAACAAAAGUAUAAUGUUGAUAUGUAAUUGAAAGCGUUUUUUGUAUGUGCCACGACUUGUUAGUUUUAAAAAUUAUUUGUUUUUCAGAAAACAGCCGGUAAUAAUUUAGAAUUUGUAAAUUCUUACAUUUAAACAAACUUGUUAAAUCUCUUUUUGUUUUCAUAAAAUGAGUAACCUUUCGUUUUAACGAAUUUAUAAUUAUUACUUUUUCGUAUACAUAAGUUUGUAAUUUUCGAAUAAUUUCUUACAUUCACAAGCAAUCGCUGGCCAGUACCAAGCAAAUACUCUCUUGAAAUUGAUGUUUACUUUAGUUUUUAAUUAUGUUUAUUUGUGAGUUUUUAAGUAUAAUUUAGUCGAAGGAAGCAAGUAUUUCUUAUUUUAGUAUCGAAUAUUUUGAUUUUUUUUUAAUUUUUUAUUUUUUUGUUUUUUUUUUUGUUUUUAAAAAUAUUUACACACAAUUUUUAAGUUUUACGUUUAACGUUACUGCAAUUUUUCUUUUUUUGUUUGUUUUAACUGUAAAGUGUCAGCUGGUGGGCUAGGCACUUAAAUUUAUAUUAUAUUAAAAUAUAUCUACUGAAAAAUAAUCAUCACUUUAUUUUUCGAUUUCACAAACUUAAAAGAGAAAUUCAAAAACAUAUUUUUAAUUUUUUUUUUACUAUAUUUUAAUUGUUUUUGUUUUUCAUUAUAGUAUUUUAGAAGAUUUUAUUAACUAACGUAGAACUUAAACAAUUUAACUGCGUAAAAUAUAAAAAAAAGAUCCGUAAUUUCACACCUUCUACUUGAGUAUUUAUCCAAACAAUAGUUUUCGAAAGAAUCUGUAAAGCAGCAAAAUAGUAUUCAAACACUGUAUUUUUUAAAACCACACAAACUGUAUUAGACCAAUAUGCAAUAGUAUAUUUUAAAGCAAUAUAACAAUAUUUAUGCACCACAUACACACAAACAUACCGUCUUCAAAAUGACAUGCCAUUUACAGUUAAAAUUCUGUUGUUCUUUUUAAGAAAAGAAUACGCUUUACAGCUUAACAUAUUUGUUUUACUUAAACCUCAAGCCGCCUACUUUAUAACCCUUCAAUCUCGAGUCAAUUGAGUUUGGAAGAAUUCAAACGCAAGAAGAAAGUCACUACGACGAGCAUUCCACAAGCGAAUCUGGUGUAUAAAGUGAAGGCCAGUCGUUAUACACAUGCCACGCCCAUUAGGGAAAUUUAUUAUGAAACGAGAAUGCAUGCGGCACUUGGUUAAGUGUAAAUUUUGUCAUAAGGACAUGAAAACUUAGUAUGCCAGCACUUAAAAUAAUAACAAAAAAGAUUAAGAAAAAUUAAUUGAAAAUUAUGAAAAAA